CGUAUCCAGCUGGUAGAGGAAGAGCUGGACCGAGCCCAGGAGCGCCUGGCCACUGCCCUGCAGAAGCUAGAGGAGGCUGAGAAGGCUGCUGAUGAGAGUGAAAGAGGCAUGAAGGUCAUCGAAAAUAGGGCCAUGAAAGAUGAGGAGAAGAUGGAGCUCCAGGAAAUGCAACUGAAGGAGGCAAAGCAUAUAGCAGAAGAGGCUGACCGCAAAUAUGAAGAGGUUGCCCGCAAGCUGGUCGUCCUUGAGGGAGAGCUGGAGCGCUCAGAGGAGAGGGCAGAGGUGGCAGAGAGUAAAUGUGGUGACCUAGAGGAGGAGCUGAAAAUUGUAACCAACAACUUGAAGUCCCUGGAGGCCCAGGCUGACAAGUAUUCCACCAAGGAGGACAAAUAUGAGGAGGAAAUCAAGCUUCUAGGGGAAAAACUGAAGGAGGCUGAGACCCGUGCGGAGUUUGCAGAGAGGUCUGUGGCAAAGCUGGAGAAAACCAUUGACGAUCUAGAAGAGACUCUAGCCAGUGCCAAAGAGGAGAACGUGGGCAUCCACCAGGUCCUGGACCAGACCUUGUUGGAGCUGAACAACCUCUGAGCUGCCUUGGAGAGCCCCCAUCCCUCUUCCCUACCCUACACGUGCACCCCACUGGCAUGCUCAGGAUGUCGUCAGCUGAACUGCAUCUUGGCCAAAUCCACACAUCCAUUAAGAAGGGAAGCUCUGCAGUCUUACACUGUGGUUUGGGGAUAUCUUUUCUGUGCACAGCCUGACUGGCUCUGUCCUGUCUUCAUGUCCAAAUAUUAAAGCAGUUUGACAAGA